AUGAUUGUUCCGGAUCAGGGUCACUCGGUGCUCUUCCUCGAGGAUCCGAUGAAACCCUUCUUCGUCUCGAUGGAUGGCAAGCCUGUGCCCGUCUUCUUCCAAUCGAGCAAUCCCGACACGCGUUGUGCCAAGGCGAGCAUUCGCGGCGACGCUGGACAAGCUUUCUCUGUCGGCUUCUACGACGGGCGACAGAGGAAGAGCAAGGGCAGGAAGACGUGA